AUGUGGUAUGAUCUUCUUUUGUGCCUAGUGGUGGGCGUGUAUACAUGGGUGAAUGAUUAUGACCAACCAUUCAAUUUCACGUGCCCGCAACACCAGUCCAUUUAUCAAGUUGUGAGUCACCAUGACAACAGAAGAGAGGACAGAGUGUUCGAUUUUCAGUGCACCACUUAUACAAAAGAUUCCGAGAAGUGCUUUUGGUCAGAGUAUGUGAACGACUUUGACCAACCCGUGGCUUUCCAGUGUCCACGUGGGGGCGUACUAGACGGCGUCAGUAGUUACCAUGACAACCACAGAGAGGACAGACGCUUCCGAUUCUACUGCUGCGAAAAACCAGGAAUGUGUCUUUACAAUUGUAUGUACAGUGGCUGGGUCAACAGUUACGAUGGAAACUUGAAUUAUACCACGCCGGCCGGUUACGUAAUGCGAGGCUGGACAAGUAUCCACGACAACGGUAGCGAGGACAGGAUUUUUGACUUUGAUGUCUGUUUAAUGCAAGAGUGUGAGGAUGUGGUGCCUAGAAAGAUUACACAGGUUCUGAGUUUGAACCUGUUCCUAGGGGUAUAUUCCUGGGUGAACGAUUACGAUCGACCUUUCACCUUCAAGUGUCCUCAGCACGAGUCCAUCAACCGUGUCGUCAGUCACCAUGACAACGGAGCUGAAGAUCGUGUGUUCGAUUUCCAUUGUAGCAAGUACACAACUGCUUCUGAGAGUUGUUUCUGGUCAGAAUAUGUCAAUAACUUUGACCAACCAGUAGCAUUCCAGUGCCCAAAUGGCGGUGUUCUAGACGGCAUCUCUAGUGUCCAUGACAAUGGGGCUGAAGAUCGGCGCUUUCGUUUUUACUGCUGCGAAAAACCAGGUUCUUAUUACUAA